AAGCAGACUGUGGGAGCCUGGGUAAAGGUACAGACAUCCGCGAGUGCAGGAGCACUUGGCUGUUAGCCUCUGAGAGAACCGUACGUAAAGUUAGUGAGCGAGAGACGAGUAAUAGAAAGAGAAUAAAAAGAGGUGGAGUUGUGUGUGUGUCCAUGGUUGAAAUUUUCCGUCGUCACACGUAAAAAGACAAUCUGAUAAAUGGACCAGCUGGAGACACUGUGGGUAACAGUUUCGAUGCCGUAAUCCACGACGGAGGCGUGAGAAAGUAGCCUGUGCACAGUGCCAUCAGGAUGCCGAGAACUAAAGCUAUCAUGCCUAAUAGGAUAGCCACGAAAGCCAGAGAAGAGUCUGAAAAAGGACUUGGGGAGAUAUUGGGCCCCACUACUCACACCCGUCAGAUGAACAACACUAUAAGAAAUGUCUUCCAGACUCAUUGCCAGUAUGAUGAGCCGAGCCACAAGCUGGUAUUGGGAGGCAGAAGCCCCAGUCAGAGCCCUUCACGCAGCAGCAGCAGCUUCCUCCACAACAGAAAUUCUGCUUCCAGGCCCCCGAUGAAAACCAACAGCAGAGAACACCUGCCUUCUGUUUCACCCAGGUCCGCCAACAACACACAAUCCAACAACACUCCACAGAGUAGGAUGGAGCAGUCGUGGCCCCCACCUUCCUCCACUCCUGGAAAGCCUGGGCCUUCGAAAAGUGUGGAAGCCCUCAACCGUCAAGUCAAAGUUGUGCAUAACACCAAGGUUUCCAAAAUCCCAUCACACACUGUUUCACCCAGACCCAGGGCGGGUAUCCCCAACAAAGUGAAGAGGCAGAGCAGUAUGUCAGAGUCAGGCCCAGCAUCUUCCAAUAAACCAGAGGAGAUUGCACCGGCCAGCAGUAAAUUGGCAACAGAUCUGAUAAACCUGUCCAUCUCAAAGACGCUUUGCCAGCAAGAAUCAACUGACCAAGACUGCGAGCCAGUCCCCAGUGAGAUCAAGUCAACUGAAUUGGAGUCUGUCACUCUGCAAACGCAGCCCGAAAUUAAAGAGGAAGACGAGAAGAAGAACAGCCUGGAAACGAUUACCAAAACCGAUCCGCCACCAAUUGGAGGUGGUCAUCGUGAAAACGGUCACGAGAAAGAGGAGGAGAGUGACGAGACUCACGCAACUGAGGACAGCGAGGAGCAAGCUGUAGCCACAUCGCCGGAUGAGCGAUUCCUCAAAUUCGAGGAGGAAAUCGGUCGAGGCAGUUUCAAGACCGUCUAUCGAGGAUUGGACACGCAAACGGGAGUCUCGGUUGCCUGGUGCGAACUUCAGGAGAAGAAACUAAACAAAUCGGAGAGGCAAAGGUUCCGCGAAGAGGCCGAGAUGCUUAAAGGCCUCCAACAUCCCAACAUCGUCCGAUUCUACGACUAUUGGGAAGUCGCCCUGACCAAACGCAAGUACAUCGUCCUCGUCACGGAGCUCAUGACGUCUGGCACACUCAAAACGUAUCUGAGGCGUUUCAAAAAAAUUAAUCUGAAAGUGCUCAAGUCAUGGUGCCGUCAGAUCCUGAAAGGCCUUUAUUUCCUGCACUCGAGAACGCCCAACAUCAUCCAUCGUGAUUUGAAGUGCGACAACAUUUUCAUCACCGGAACGACGGGCUGCGUGAAAAUCGGAGACCUCGGUCUGGCUACGCUCAAAAAUCGUUCAUUCGCCAAAUCGGUGAUUGGCACGCCCGAAUUCAUGGCCCCCGAAAUGUACGAGGAGCACUACGACGAAGGCGUCGACGUCUACGCCUUUGGCAUGUGCAUGCUGGAGAUGGCAACUAGCGAGUACCCUUACAGCGAAUGCAUGGGACCGGCUCAGAUCUAUAAGAAAGUCGUCAGCGGAGUGCGGCCGCAGAGUUUCGAUAAGGUGGAGAACAGCGAGAUUCGUGAUAUUAUCGACCGUUGCACGCGUCUGCGCAAGGACGAAAGACCGAGUGUCAAGGAUUUAUUAAACGAUACCGAGUUCUUCGCCGAAGAAACCGGACUGAAGGUGGAAGUCGUCUCGCGAGACGAGGCGGUGGCCAGCAAUGGCGAAAGCGUCCAGUUCCGGUUGCGAGUCCUUGAUCCGAAGAAAAGGCGCGACAAGCACAAGGAGAACGAGGCCAUCCAGUUCGAAUUCAAUGUUGUGACGGACGACGCUGACAAGCUCGCCCAGGAUAUGCACUCGGACGGCAUCCUCAUGGAAGAAGAUGUCAAGGUGCUGGCCAAAUUGCUGAGAAGUCAAGUGCAGCAAUUGAUCAAGGAACGCGAUGAACGAGAAGAGAUUCGCAGGCAGAAUCACGUUGCUUCCCAACAACAAGCGCCGGCUGUAGUUGUUGUACAACCUGCCCCCCAGGUGGUGCAGCCAGUGAUUCAGCAGCCGGUCAUCCAGCAGCCUCAAGCUACUCCUAUGGAUCAGACCAUGUCGAUACAACAGCAGCAGCAACAACAACAACAGCAACCUGCUCCUGUGCCACAGCCAUUGAUGCAACAACAACAACAGCCGAUGUUGUCCAAUCAGCAAUUGCCUUUAGCUAUGGCAACGGGUUUGGUCACUCCGCCUCAGCAGCACGUCAUUCAACAACAACACGUGAUCCAACAGCAACAACAUUUGAUUCCACAGCAAGUGGCAGCUAACCAACAACAAUUGACGGUGCAGGCCAUCCAGAACCAAAUCCACCAGCAGCAGCAAACGCUGCAUCAAGUCAAUCAGCAGAUCCAACAACAACAACAGCAGCUGCAGCAAGUCAAUCAACAGAUCCAGCAGCAGCAAACGGUCCAGAUCCAGCAGCAACUCUUGCAACAUCAACAACAUUUGCUGAAUCAACCCAUGGCGCCUGCCCAGCAAAUGGACCAUCAGGGUUUCACUCAACCGCAGCAGCAACAACAACAGCACUACCAACAACAACCUGCAGACGUGCCUGCCCAGUAUUUCGUUCCGGCCGAAUUGCCCGUCUUUCAACAGCCGCAACAACAAACGUAUAACCAAUACCAACCGACGGAAGCUCAGCCUUACGCUCAGCCUGUUCCUCAACAACAACAGCCCGUCCGUCAGAUGGUGAACUAUGUGCAACAACAACCGAUGGAUCAGGCGCAAGUCCAUUGCACGGCCGCCGAAUCCAUGGCGUUCCCUGUCCAGCAACAGCAAGUGACGGCUCCGCAGUAUGCCCAACAGGUUGUUUAUCUGCAACAACCCAUCCAGCAGAUGGUCCAGCAACCCGUCGAACAGGCAGCUUACAUCCACCUGCCUCCUGUUCAACCUUCGAUCCAGCCUGCGCAAGACCAGAUGUCGUACGUUCAGCAAUCUGCCGUCCAGCAGGUGGUGGAUCCUUCAAAUUACCCGCAGCCAACUCAAGAACAAAUGGCCUACAUCCCGCAGGCGAUGCCGCAAGUUGCCCAGCAACCGAUGCAACAGACUCAGGAUCAGAUGGCGUACAUCCAUCAGUCUGUGCCUCAAGUGAUGCAGCAAUCUCAAGAUCAGAUGGCGUACAUCCAACAGACGGUUGCCCAACAACCGAUCCAGCAAAUGGUCGAUCAGGCGACGUACGCUCAGCAACCUAUCCAACAAUGCGUAUCGGAGCAACCGACGUAUCUUUCCCCCCCGCCAGUCAUCCAGCAGGUGCCGCUGACGCAAGCGGGCAUUAUUCAACCCGUUGUUGGCCAGCAAAUGGUUGAUCAAACGGCCUAUCUUCAACAGCAACAACAGCCCAUCCAUCAGCUGCAACACAUGGAACAGCCCGCCUACAUCCAAGCUCACCCUGUCGAUCAGUACGUUCCAGCCACGUACCAACUGCCUCAGCCAACGCUUGAACAGGCGUACGUUCAACCCGAGCUCGUCCGCAAACAAUCUGGCCUGUGUCCACAACAAUUAGAAGCGGCCUCAACAGCCUACCUCCUGGAGAAAUUAGAUCCGCAUCCAGGCCAAGUGACGCAAGGCGAUCCGCAAAUAGCCGCCGCCGUGGUGGACAUGCAAUUGCAAAACCCUGUUUUGCAAGCCGUUGUCAAUGACUCGGUGCCGGCCGUCAAUCGUUCGGGUACCCCGGAGCCUGUGGCGCCGUGCUGUUGUAGCGACGUGUACACGACGGACUCGUGCGGUGAAUCAUCGGCCGCUGAGUCGGUCGACACGGUUGCGUCAGCUGCCGGUGCUACUACUAGCGCCGCUAGCGGCAGUAACCCAACCGCAACGGCAGGUGAGAAGCGCCUCGGCCGCCGGUUGACCAAUAAACGUCGCCGGACGGCCGAACGUGGCCCGCGAUUGUCUGUUUUGAGUGUCCAGGGUUCCGUCGUCGAGUGUCAAGUGGAGACGAUGAAACAAGAAACGGUGACAUUCAAAUUCGAUCAGGCCGACACGGUCCCGGCCGACGUGGCCAACAACUUGAUUAAACAUCGUCUGCUUAGCGAACAACACGCAGAUAUAUUUAUCGAACAGGUGGAGGAUAUUUUGCGUCAAUUGAAAGAGAAUCCAGAUGUCCUCCCUGUCGUUUCUUUACCUCCAACUAAGCCAGCUGCGGAUUCGCUCUCGCCCAAUCGAACAGCGACGACAGCCGCAUCCAGCGUUGCCACUACAUCUGUCGACAGUGUCGAUACGACUAGCAAAAGUGCCCAAGGAUCGUUAAGUGACGUCCAGCAAGCAGCCGCUGCUCCAGUGGUCGUGGCUUCGGCUGUCCCUCUAGCGGCCGGAUUGUAUCUCCAUUCGCGAUCAGCCAGUUUGGAUGGCAGCGAUGUAUGUCACACGUCGCCGGCCGACUCGGCCGUCUCUGCUGCGCUUGCUACUACCCAAUCCCAAACAACAACAACAACAACAACACAACCACCCAACCUUGUCCCGCUUAGUAUUUCUAAUAAUCCUGUCGUGGCAGUCACCGUUGACGGUGCUACCCCGCCAGUCGUAGCCAUUCCCGCACCUCAAUUCCCCACCAUGGCUUCUCAUCCUACACCCGCCACUGCUGACGCAGCUCCUCCUACCGUCGGUGGGGUAGUUGAACCCACUGAAACCGUAACGCCCAAGGUUCGCAAGGUAUCACGAUUUUUGGUCAAAACCAUUUCCGCUCCUCUGCCCGUUUUGGAUCCAGCGGCUCCUCAAUCAGCUGUUUUAGACGCACCCUUACCCACACCGCCGCCAGCGACGCCCGUUCCAGCCAUGGCGGUCACUCCUGAGCUAUUUCCAACUGAUUUGCCCGCGGGAGCUAUUCAAAAAUGCGAAUUGCCUCCAGUUGUUGUCGGACAAGAGCCCGUGUCCAACGUGCCCUCCGUUCCAGCAGCUCCGUCCGCUGCCGCAAACAUGGCCGGAAGCGAUUUAGGCGCUGCCUUUGUGACGGUCGCUUUGAGCAUCAACAUCACGUCGAAUGGCAUCUACGCGACGAGCCGAUGUAGCAGUCCAGCACGUGUUCCAAAUAACAAUAAUGCUGCUGCGGCCGAUCCAUCCACCAGCACGGCCUCCGUCCCGUUAAAGCUUUGCAUCGCCGAGGCGAAUGCGGCCGGAUCGCGACCUGCCGGAGGUAACAGUUUGCCGACAUCGCAACCACCUACCCCGCAAGCGUGCCCCACGAUGGACACGUAUUUGAUGGACCUACAACAUAAAUUGGCUUCGCUAUCCAUGGCCAAUCCGAACCCAUCCGCUCACGUCCAGCAGCAACAGCAUCAGAGUCACUCGCCCGAUGCCACGCAACAACUUCCGUCACCUUCGUCGUCAACCAAAGAAGGUACACCUCUGCUGGAUCCGGUUGUUCAUCCAUCGGUAGUCGUCGAUCAAGUGGAUCAAGCGGCGGAGAAUAACCGGCCAGCACAACAGCAGCGCAAAGUGCUGCCAUCUACCAUCGACAUUCACGAUUUGCAUUCGGAGUUGUCCAAAUUGCAUUCGCAAGGUCCGGGUCAUCCGCCGUCGUUGCUGAAAGCCAAAGAAGUUUUGAAUGCUUGUCCGGCGGAAGCUACGGUAGCAUCCACCACAUCGAUUGUCCAGCCAGCAGCGAGCAAUCCGCCUGAAGUUGUUGACGAACCGCCUGCGGAUAAGACGUUGAUUAAACCGAUUCCGGUUAGUGUAGCGGCAUCGUUGGUUCCAGUAGCUACAACUAAAGAACAGAAGAGCAGCCAAACGGAGCCUGAGCUUAGCGUUGUCCAGCAAGGCCAGCAGCUACGUAAAUUAUCACUUCCUCCAGCGGUUCCAUCUGGCGAGCGUCGAAUCUCGCGCUUUUGCGUCAGCCUGGUUGACGAGAAACAGCGGACUGGAACAGGCGGACUGCCGGAAGAGGCCAAUAAAGAUCCUGAAUUGAGGGAAUUGUUAUUGCGACACGAACAGGAAAGGAAAGCUUUGAUCCGGAAGCACGAAGAAGAAUUGGCCGCUUUCCACGCCCGCAGGAAACAGCAAUCAGCUGUUCAGCAGCCAUCGCAACCGCAUCCUUUGCAGAGGCAAGAAGCCACAGAAGGUUCCAGGACACCUUCUCCAGGUGCCAGUUGCAAUUUGGAUCAAGCUGAGGGGCGUGGUUUGGCCGCGCAGAGCGCAACAGCCGCCGCUGCGAACGGGGCCAGUGGGACGGCCAACAAUCCGACGCGCAGUUCGUCUCCUGGAACGCCGACGCGACAGACGAAAACAUUCACCGACGAUCUGCUGCGACUCGUUCAAGAUCUGGGCAGCAAACCUGGAACGGAGAAGAGUAAAAAAGCCGGAGCGGAAGGUGUUGAGAAAGCGCCGACGUUGAAUCAACUGAGGGCCGGCGCUAACGGAGCCGCAAGUCUUCAACAACAACAACAACAUCAUUCGCUGACUCAAACUGCUGGACUGAGUUUCGGCCGGCCUUUCGGUGGUGUCUUGUCGCCCGUGCCGUCCACCAGCUCUAUGUCGAGUCUCUGCGGUCAACAGUCCAUCUUCUCUCCCAUCCAUCCGCCGUACGUUGCCCAUACGCCUGCCCCUUCGGCCGCCUCACAACAGCCGGGCGCAGCGUCCUGUUGCAGCCACAUGGGCAGAGCUUCCAGCCACCCGAUCAACAUCCAGCCCAACUCGUUGUCUUCAGUCAUCGGCUCGCCGCCGUCAGUGCCCCUCUUGGCCAGCACAGUAGCAGCAGCAGCAUCCUCCUCUUCGUCUUGCUCGUCGGCAUCGACAAUGGCCGGCUUCAGUUUUAACACUCCGGCCGGCAGUCCCUUGCGUUCCCCACCGCUAAGACUCAGCUCCAAAGAUAGCAGAUCUUCUUCACCCUAAAAAAAAAAAAUAUGGAAAUUUUAAAAUGACAAGUAAAUAAGUAAAUAGAUUUAUUU